AUGGUAGCGUCCAAUCACCGAACGUAUCAUCGCGUGACGUCGGCAUAUAUCAUCUAUCACGCACACAGUAAACUCUACGUAGUACGAACACUGAUCUCUGAGGUCAGUGAGGUUGUUCACAUCACAGUGCUGACCACGUCAUACACCAAUGUAGGUACAUCUAGUGGUCAGUAUCCAUGUUUCCCCAGUGAACCAGAUAGAGACACUACACUAUCAUUUGGUCGAUCAGCACCCAUACCAACAGACAGAUCACCACCACCAGAUGUAGGACACUCAUUGCCAUUCGUCAGACGGGUCAUAUUCCCCACAGGAGAUGGAUGGGAUAGAGAUGGUUUCGGUCCUUUCUACUGUGAGGCUUCUAAACCUGAUCGAGAUGUUACAAGGGUUACUACAUUUUUCCAACGAAAUGAUGCUAAAUUCAUAUCAAGUGAUGAAUUGUUUACAAAGACUGUCAAUGUGAAUGACACUGGAGUGAUGAUCAGCAUGACUAGUCGUAGUAAUCCUGAUGCGAAUGACAAUGUGAUUACUUGGAGGAAAGAUGGAAGUGAGGUUCUUACACCAUUUGAUGGGCAGACUGAGAUCAGCUUCCAAAACCCAAUCCAGACAUCAGACCAAGGAAUCUAUGAGAUCUACUAUGAUAACGAGAGGAAUCAAAAUAGAGGAGGAGUAUACAGACUCAUCGUCAGAGAAUGCCCUGCUGGUAAGUGGGGUCCCCCUGAGUGUUAUGGUAUCUGUGAUAAAUGCUACAAUGUUGGAGUCUGUGACGACAAGUCUGGUCUAUGUAUCUGUCCUAACAACUUCAAGGGACAGAAUUGUUUAGAAAAAAUGAUGGUGGAAAUCGAUUUGGAUUGA